AUGGAUGAAAGCAAUAUUCCAAUAGACAUAAAUAUUGGUAAACUUCAAGAUUGGCUCGUUAGCCGUCGUCAUGUGAAUAAGGAAUGGCAGAAAAGUAUAAUUGCGGUGCGCGAAAGAAUUAACAAUGCCAUUCAAGACAUGCCUGCUCAUGACGAUAUUGCAGCUCUGCUUUCAGGCAGCUAUAUCAAUUAUUUCCACUGUUUGAAGAUUAUAGAUAUAUUAAAAGAGACUGAGAAAGAUACUAAGAAUCUUUUUGGUCGAUAUGGUUCGAAAAGAAUGAAGGACUGGCAAGAUGUUGUUAAGAGUUAUGAAAAAGAGAACUUGUAUCUGGCUGAGGCAGCACAAAUGCUGGUUAGGAAUAUUAAUUAUGAAAUCCCAAGUUUAAAAAAGCAGAUAGUUAAGGAGGAACAGUUGCAGGCUGAAUGGGACAAAAAACAAUCUGACUACCUGAAGAAUGAGGCGUCAAGCAAAACAGAGUUCCACAAUCUAUGCAAGCAGCUUGGUAUCCAAGGAGAUAGAAUAAAAAAAGAACUGGUGGACAGGCUCCAGGAAUUGCCUGGCAUUUAUGAAAAGAUUGGUAAAUCUUUGAAACCUCUUCUACCUGGGAUAGAACUGUACUCAGCUUUCACACAAUACAUCUUAGGCAAUAAAGCUACGGAAGUGUUACCGCUUUUGCAAUAUGUUGUUGAACAUGGCAACACUACUGUGUAUGAAUGGAGAUAUGGGGAGCCACCAUUAAGUAUUGAACCUGAUCCAAUACAUAUUGAGUUAGAUGAUGAAGAAGAUAAUGGGGCUGGAGAUCAGAUAGAUUUCGGUGAAAAUGAAAUAGAUUUCGGGUCCAUUGAGGCGCCGGCCGGCGAGAUUAACUUCGGCGAUGGCGAUGCAGAAGCAGCAGAUAUUGACUGGGGGAACAUUGGGGACGCGCCCGCUGCUGACAUUGAUCUAUCAGCUGAUAUUGCAGCAGUGUCAUUAGAAGAGUCUGGUAUAGUCGUAGAGGAGCAAGGCCUGGCGGGAGGCGUGGCACGGGGCCGUGACGCACUCACACUACUGGAUAACCCUACUACCCGCAAUCAGCUUAUUGAUCAACUUGUCGAGCUGGAGUCUUUCCUUAAAAUGCGCCUCUACGAAACAAACACUUCAAGCGAGAUCGCGAGCUUCUCUCUCAUCCAACAAUUGCCAACGGAGAGCACUGCUGCCCUGGCCGCCAUGUUGGACGCCGUACAAGUAGUUACAGCCAGUCUUACGACGCCCGAAAUUAAUCAUUUACACAACGUCAAACAUUCUCCAAGAUACGUGGACGUGCUGACAGCGCAACUUAAGCAGAAGCUGACGCUCUGCGACAAGCUGUCCCGGCUGGCUGCGCGUGCGGCGGACCACCGACAAGCGGCAGUGGCGCGCGCGGCCGAUCUGAGGCCGUUGCUGGCGAGGAUCAUUGAGAGGACUAAGGAGCUGCAGGCUCAUAUCGAAAAUGACAUCUCGAAGAAAUACAAAGGGCGACCGGUGAAUAUUAUAGGGGGAGUGAAAUUCCUUUAAACUUGCACAAAAUGUUAAAACGAAAGUAAUUAUAAUUUUUUACGAAUGG